CCCUUUUCUUCUGCCAUCGGUAACGGAAGCGUCCGGAGUGUAACAGUGACGUGACCUGCACUGCUACGCUUGGCCUGCUUCCUUCUCCCCCGCCUCCUCCCCCAACACAUACACUCCUCCCCACUCUCCGGCCAACAUGUGGGGAGCGAGCUCGGGGUGGGCGGCAGAUGCGUUUUUGGACAAAAUGCUACAUGUGCCUUAUAAAUGAUGUGUAUAUGGUGGUUAAAUUCAUCGGAAAUGUUUCAAAGAACUUCUGAAGAACUCUUUCCAAAGAUGGAAAGUUCAGUUGAAGACAUGGAUACCUCUGAUACUCAGUGGGGCUGGUUUUAUUUGGCUGAGUGUGGUAAAUGGCAUAUGUUUCAGACUGAUUCAAAUAGUCAUUGCUCAGUUAGCAGUGAAGAUAUUGAAAGGAGCUUCAGAACAAACCCAUAUGGUUCUGUUUCUUUUACUACUGCAAAAUUUAACUACACACUAGACUUUUCAGAGAUGAAGCAAACCAACCUAACUACCCUUAAACAACGUCCAAUAAAGCGAGCUCCCUUUUCUAUCAGUGCUUUCAGUUUCAUCUGUGAAAAUGAGUCCAUCCCUAUGCCUUCACAUUGGGAGAAUGUAAAUCCGGAGGAGCCGUAUCAGCUUAUUCCUUUGCAAAAGAAAACAAAUGAAUACAAUGAAGUUUCUAGUCUCUUUGGAAAAACAAUGGAUAGCCACCGAAUAAAAAGAAUAAAGAGAAUACAAAAUCUAGACUUGUGGGAGUUUUUUUGCAGGAAAAAAGCUCAACUGAAGAAGAAAAGAGGUGUCACAACUAUUAAUGAGCAGAUGUUAUUUCAUGGCACCAGUAAUGAAUUUGUAGAAGCAAUAUGUAUUCAUAACUUUGACUGGAGAAUAAAUGGAAUGCAUGCUGCUGUAUAUGGAAAAGGGACCUACUUUGCAAGAGAUGCGUCAUAUUCCAGUCGUUUCUGCAAAGAGGAUAUGAAGCAUGGAGAUACUUUCCAAAUUCAUGGUGUGAAUCUGCAGCCUCAUUUGCACAAACCAGAUAAAGUCAUGUUUCUUGCACGUGUAUUAACUGGCGACUAUAUCAAUGGUGAUUCAAAAUACAUGAGGCCUCCUUCAAGAGAUGGAAGUUUUGUGAACUUGUAUGACAGCUGUGUGGAUAACACCUGGAACCCAAAGAUAUUUGUUAUCUUUGACGCCAACCAAAUCUAUCCUGAGUACUUAAUAGAAUUUUGUUAAAUUUAAUGAAGCUGAACUGAAUAUUUGUGUUUUCUUGAUACUUUUUUCCUUUUGCAAAAACAGCAACAAUGAAAACCCAAACUGUGAAAGGACAGAGGUGAAAGAAAAGCUAGCAUAUGUUUAUGAAGCUGUUAAACAUUUAAGAGAGAUUGUCCAUCUGCUUUUAGAAAUUUGUAAACAAACUUCACUAAUGCCUUUUUACAAUGUAAGGGAGUAUUACGAGUCUGAAAUUGCUUAGUUGAGUGCAUUAGUAAGUUUUUGUUCAAAGGCAAGAUUUAUGUUCUGAGUUGUUAAAAAUAUAUUGCAAGUCAUUAUUUGUGCGGUAGUAAUAUGCUUGUAAUACUGUAGCUCUGUGAUGAAACAAACCUUUUAUAAAGAUUGAUUGUAGGACUUAAAGCCAAACCUGGAUGACUUCUCCUAUGUCUAUGUAUGUGUGUUUUGUAGUACACAUUUCAAGAUGUACAGGACCUAAUGAUCAACAAAGCUGCUAUGUUUAGCUUGAAGGUAAGCUUCAGUUAUAUCCUUGGUUGGUUACAAAACUCUUGCACAACAAUUUCAAGUUUGUUUUUGACAAAAAUGAUGCCCCAAAGCUCUUGUGGUUGGCAGCUGUUCAGUGUAUAAAUAUUGAGUUCAGUGCUGGGAUGUCAUCACUGCCAUAUACCUUUCUGAGUUCUUGCUCUGUAUUUUUGCCAUGUCGUUGUAGUAUGUAUGUGCCUGCACGUAUUUGCAUGCAGAUUACAUAUUCUUGUCUGAUCACUGUUUAGGAAGUACUCAGCGCUGGUUUAUUUGCUGUUAACGAAGACAAUGUAGGUUAACUUCACUGGGAAUAAUACAAAGUUAAACCAACAAUGAGAAUUUUCAGAAGAUGUCAUCCUUUCAUUUUUUAACACCUCAAUAAAAAAGCUUUUAAUAACGUA